CAAAUAAAAAUAAAAAUGGAUCUUGGAAGUCGACACCUUCUUUGGUUAAGAACUGCUCAUACUUCCUCUGCAUUUACUCUUUUGGUGAUUCAGCAAUUAAUUUCUCAGACUCCACAGCUCCCGAUGGAUUUCUCUUCUCAUCUUCUAGCAAUUCCGGGGGUUUUAGCAUUAGUUUUAUUGUAUUGGUACAAUCUAUGGAGGUUAAGAGAUCAGAGUCAUAAAAGUAAGGGUAAAUUAGCCCCAGAAGUACCAGGAACCUUGCCAAUUAUAGGUCACAUACAUCUACUGGGUGCUGAGAAAACACUUGCUCGAAGCCUGGGUCGCCUGGCAGACAAAUAUGGUCCCAUCUUCACAAUUUGGCUCGGGGUACACCGUACGGUUGUGGUUAGCAAUCAUGAUGCAAUUAAGGAGUGCUUUACAACAAAUGACAAGGUUUUGGCAUCCAGGCCAAGAUCAAGCCAUGGACAGUAUCUAAGUUACAACUACGCAGCAUUUGGUUUCUCAUCUUAUGGCCCUUUUUGGAGUAACAUGCGUAAGAUAGUGUUGAUUCAACUCUUAUCCAACCAUAGGCUCAAGUCACUUAGGCACGUUCAGGUCUCUGAGGUAAACACCCUGAUCAAUGACCUGUAUUUGCUCUGCAAGCAAGGCUCAACCAAGAUAGUGAUCAGCGAAUGUUUCGAACAUCUGACUAUAAAUAUGAUUACGAGAAUGAUUGCAGGGAAGAGAUACUUCAACUCUGCUAAUGCUGGAAAUGAACAAGGGAAACGAAUAGGGGAACUUAUGAAGGAGUACAUGUAUAUUUCUGGUGUUUUUGUUCCAUCUGAUUUAAUCCCAUCUCUUUGGUGGAUGAAUUUUCUUGGACCAGUAAAAACUAUGAAGCGUUUAUCCAAGGAAUACGAUUCCCUUAUGGAAAGUUGGAUUAAUGAACAUAAAUUGAAGAGACUGAAGAUGGGUGACUCCGAGAACAUGGAGGAGGACUUCAUCGAUGUGAUGCUAUCUGUACUGGAGGAUGAGUUCUUCGGUCAUUCUCGGGAAAACAUUAUCAAGGGCACAGCAAUGACUCUUAUCAUAGCAGGUGCCGAUACAACAUCUAUCACCCUGACAUGGAUCUUGUCCAAUUUGUUGAACAAUAGACGCGCACUGGAGCUUGCCAUGGAAGAAAUAGACCUCAAAGUUGGGAAGGAACGAUGUGUAGAGAGCUCUGAUAUUGAAAACUUAGUAUACGUCCAGGCCAUUGUUAAAGAAACACUGCGCCUAUAUCCGCCAGGUCCACUAGCAGUUCCACAUGAGGCUUCGGAAGAUUGUCUCAUUGGAGGAUAUCACAUACCAAAAGGCACUCGUAUAUUUCCUAAUUUGUGGAAGUUGCAUAGAGAUCCAAAAAUUUGGAAGAAUCCUGAUGAGUUCAUACCAGAAAGAUUUCUUACAAAUCAUGCAAAUUUGGAUGUUACAGGUCAGAAUUUCGAGUAUAUACCAUUUGGGUCAGGGAGACGGUCUUGUCCUGGGCUCAACUUUGCAAUACAGGCAAUACACUUGACUCUUGCUAGAUUGCUUCAGGGAUUUACCUUGACAACACCAUUGAAUGAGCCAGUGGACAUGAGUGAAGGCUUGGGCAUUACCUUGCCCAAGGCUACUCCCUUGGAGAUUAAGAUCAUCCCGCGCCUCCGUCCUGAACUAUAUGGAUGCUAGAUGGUAUGAGAUUGAAGUUACUAUUUGUGUAAUUGAAAAGCUAUUGUGAAUUCUGGAGAUUAUAUUACUACUUAACUAAAUCUCUAGAUUUGCAUUCUCAUUGUAUUUUGAUUUCAAGGAGUUUUAAGUACUGAAUUUAUCUCUGA